AUGUGCGUGGGGGCUCAGCAGUCUGCAGCCCUUCUGCUCCUGGGACUCAUGCUUGCAGCCGCAGCCAGGCUCAACUGUAUCGGGAACACCUACUCCAAUGGGUAUAGGUGCUGUCGUGAGUGUCAACCAGGCAAUUGGCUGGUGAGCCGCUGUGAUCAUACCCAGGACACUGUGUGCCAACCGUGUGCACCUGGCUUCUAUAACAAUGCAGUCAACUACAAUUCCUGCAAGCAGUGUACACAGUGCAACCAGGGAAGUGGGAGCGAAGUCAAACAGAAAUGCACACCUACCCAGGAUACUGUGUGCCUCUGCGGGCCAGGAACCCAGCCCCGGCAGGACAGCAACCACAAGCCUGGAGUUGACUGUGUUCCUUGUCCUCCUGGUCACUUCUCUCCAGGCAACAACCAGCCAUGCAAGCCCUGGAACAAUUGCACCUUGUCUGGGAAGCGGACCCAGCGCCCAGCUAGUACCAGUUGGGAUGCUGUCUGUGAGGAAAGAAGCCCUCCAACCACAGUGUCCUCAGAGACCGAGGGUCCCACAGCCAGGCCUACCACUUCCCAAUCCACCACAGUCUGGUCUAAGACUUCUCAGGGGUCCUCUACACCCCCCUUAGAGGUCCCUAGGGGUCCUGUACUGAGUGCUCUUCUGGGCUUAGGCCUGGGUCUACUGGUCCCUUUGACCACUCUGCUGGUCCUGUACCUGCUCCGAAAGACCUGGGGGUGGCCUCAUGCCCCCAAGGUCCCUGGCAGAAACAGUUUCCGGACCCCCAUCCAGGAGGAGCAAGCUGAUACACAUUUCACCCUGGCCAAGAUCUGA